CAGUACGCCUAUUCUUUGCGCAUUAAAUCCGUUAAUCUUUGUAUUUUCAGUCGUCUUGGUAUUUUCACCACUAAUAUACAAGCCAAACAAGUUAGACCCGUGCACCACUGACUAUUCUGAGAAGCAAUCCACAAGUAGUCUAGGCUACUAACACCGAACGAUCGAAAAUGAAACCAAACCUGAAGCGGUUUCUCCUUUCACUCUCUGAUCAUUAAGUGCUUGUUAUCCGCAGAAGAGGUGCACUCAGAGCCUGCCUGUGAAAAGUCAACUAAUAAGCAUCAUGUCUAGUGGCACUGUUUCAAUGCGUGAACCAAUCUGUCUGGUUGAAAACGAGCAGGACGGGAACCUGCGCCUCGUGCCAGAGGCUGUAGAGAUCCUGAAACAGAUAGAUCAGCCUGUGGUUGUUGUGGCAAUAGUGGGUCUGUACCGCACUGGGAAGUCAUACUUGAUGAACAAGCUGGCUGGGAAGAGAAAGGGAUUUGCCCUCGGAUCCACCAUACAGUCAAAGACGAAGGGCAUAUGGAUGUGGUGCGUCCCUCACCCGAAAAAAGCGAACCACACCCUGGUGUUGCUGGACACCGAAGGGUUGGGGGAUGUGGAGAAGGGAGAUGCGAAGAACGACAACUGGGUCUUUUCUCUGGCGGUCCUCCUGAGCAGCACGCUGGUGUACAACAGCAUCGGGACCAUCGACAAUGACGCUCUGCAACGGCUUCACUAUGUGACGGAACUGACGGACCACAUCAAGGUGAAAUCGCAGGCCGGGGACGAGGACGAGUCCACUGAGUUUAUGCGCUUCUUCCCCUCCUUUGUGUGGACAGUUCGGGACUUCACCUUGGAGCUGGUGCAUGAUGGGAACCAGAUAACCGCUGACCAAUACCUGGAAAACGCUCUCAAGCUGAAAUCUGGGCUUUCGAAGCAAACCACGGACUACAACAUGCCACGGAGCAGCCUCCGGAGCUUCUUCCCCACCCGGAAGUGCUUUGUGUUCGACCGUCCCGCCAAUGCAGAGAAGAUGAAGCACAUGGAUGACCUGAGCGACGAAGACUUGGAACCCUCCUUCGUGGAGCAAGCCAGGAGCUUCUAUAAUCACAUCAUGAGCGAAACCAAAACCAAAACCAUGAAAGGGGGCUAUUAUAUGACUGGCAGAAUGCUGGGGAACCUCGCAAAGGUGUUUGUGGACGCUAUCUGCAGUGGUCAGGUUCCCUGCCUGGAAAAUGCAGUUGUGGCUCUGGCCCAGAUUGAGAACUCUAAUGCAAUAGCUGCUGCUGUGAAGUCCUACAAGGAAGAGAUGGCCAGUUGGGUUGCCUUCCCAACUGAAACACAGGAGGAGCUGUCACGUAUACACGGCAAUGUCGAGAAAAAUGCUGUCGAGAUCUUCAUGAACCUCUGCUUCAAGGAUGAGGAUCAGAAAAACCAACUUGAGCUAAUGAAACUGCUGCAGACAGAGUACAUGGCAAUCUGCGAGAAGAAUGUUGUUGAAUCGCAGAAGGCUUGCGAGUCCAUCAUCGGGCAAAUAUUCGGGCCUCUGGAGAAAAAUACUGCAUCUGGACAAUACAUGUCAGUUGGAGGAUACCAGCAGUACCGCAAGGCGUUACGAAAUGGCAUCUCAAAAUACAGAUCAGCACCGGGAAAAGGAAUAAAGGAUGAGGAAUGUCUAAAGGAAUACCUGGCCAAGAAAGAACCUGUUGAGCAAGCCAUAAUGACUGUGGACCAAUCUCUCAGUGAUGCACAACGGAAGGAAGAAGAACUUUGGGCAAAAAUGGAGGUCAUGUAUCAAGAGACUCGUGCUUCUGAGGAGCAGAGAAAGAUCACGGAGAGGCAGCUGAUCGACCAGGAGCGAACCUUCGAAGAGAACAAGAAGCAGCUGGAGGAAAAGUUGGAGGAGGACAAGAAGAAUGCUGCAAAGGAGUUAGACAUGGUCCUGAACAGCAAGCUGCAGGAACAGGAGGAGCUCAUUAAGCAAGGCUUCGAAGAGAAGGCACAGCUCAUGAAGGAUGAAAUUGAUUCCCUCAAGAGGGAGAAGGCUGAAAACGAGUCCCGUUCAUAUAUUCCUACUAUUUUGAGUGCCAUGGGACAAGCUGCCGCCAUAUUUUUGCCAGGAAUCAUCCCAAAGGUAGCAGGGGUGGGUGUCUCAGCUCUUUCAAGCCUGCUUAAAAAAUAGGCUGAAGGAGAAUAACAGUUCUGAGACACGGUAACCUGUCAUUUGUGCUGUGAAACAUGUCACAAUCGACACUGUCACCGUUUUAACAAAGUGCCCAAAACUUUGUUUGAACGUCUCUCUUCUCUCUGCCAUAAGGAGCGAGAAGCCGUAAAGUAAAACUAUGAAAGUACAGUGCUGUGAAAACAGUAUCUUAUUCCUAGGUGCAGGGUAGAAAAAGGCUUAGGGAUGCGGGGUUUUAACUCUGAGGUUGUAGGUCUGAUUCCCAGAGUGUGCACUGCUGUUGCACCCUUAGGUACUAAACCUGAAUUGUAUCGUGCUUAAAAUAUUAUGAGCGUAACCUCUUGUAGCAGCAGCAGUAUCAUUGCUUUUUUGGGACAGAAAAAUGCAAUGACCUGGAUUCAAUCAACAUUUGUCCUUAACUUUGGCGUACAGGGAAACAAAAGUGUAAGUAUUACACUUUUUCGCCACAAACUCAGUUUGGCAAGUUAGUCUCAGUGAUUGCUAAACUCAGCAAACUAUGUGAAGAGAGAAAAAUUGUUCAAUCACAAAUCACAAUUUGUGAUUUUAAUUAGUUUGUCAAAGUUAAGGACAAAUGACUGAAUCCCAGCUAUGGUGUGGGUAUCAUGCAAAAUGUUUAGCAUUUCCAAAAAUAAUAUGAAUUCACAGCAACAGCUAUUUGCUUUGAAGUAGUUGUUUGUUUUAAGGGAUUUUAAUUUAUUUGAACACAAUGUGAUUUAAUCUCAUCGGUUUCUGUACCGAUGUCAUAUGCUGCUGAAUUAUGAGACAUUUGAAUAAUGAAAAAGAAUAAAACACAGACAUGGCUUUUUGAGCAGCACCAACAAAU